AUGUUAAAGGAUGAUAUUAUCGAACAAUCUGUUUCAUCCUAUAAUUCUCCAAUACUCACUGCUCCAAAAAACAUUCCAAGCACACCCUUCGCCCCCGCACCUAAUCGCACCGCAACCGCCAUGGCACCGGCAAGGACACUCACGCUUUCACUCUGCGGUACGGCUGCAACACUCACGCUGCUAGCGUUCUCGACCACGAUCGGGCCCGCCGAUGGGCAGGCACUCAUAACGCCGCUCGAUUCACCCCUGCUGUCGAGCAAAUACCGUGGGCUGCGCGAGAUCAUGUUCAACUUUAUCGGCCAAACGGGCAACAAUAAGAACAAGUUCCUGGUUAAUCUCAAAAAGGGGAAAAUCCAAAAACAGUUCGGCCCAGACGAACCAUUCUUCUGCAACACGACCGGCAUGCGGAGUGCGACUGUACCGACUUCCGUCGACAGAUUGCGGCCCGGCGAUAUCGAUGUCGUUGGAGCGAUUGGUGACUCGCUGACGGCGGGUAACGGUGCGAUGGCUACCAACAUUCUGGAGGUGUUGAUCGAGAACAAGGGUCUGUCGUGGAGUAUUGGUGGGCAGGGAACUUGGCGACAGUUCCUCACGCUGCCGAACAUACUGAAGGAGUUUAAUCCGAAGCUGUACGGGUACCCAACGAAGGAUGGUCUAUCGUCGCGGAAGUCUUCGCUGUUCAACGCAGCCGAAGGUGGUGCCAUGUCGCAGGACAUUCCCUACCAGGCACGGAAUCUCGUCAAACGAAUGCUAUCCGAUCGGAACGUGGACAUCGCGAACCACUGGAAGAUGAUCACGCUCAUGAUCGGUGGUAAUGAUUUCUGUGCCGAAAUUUGCUACAUGGCCACGCCGGAAAAGAUACUGCAGUACCACGAAAAAAACAUCCUCAGCGCACUGCGCACCUUCCGGGAUUAUCUGCCCCGCACCUUCGUCAAUCUGGCCGCGAGUCCGAAGGUUGAUAUACUGGCGCGGUUCAAGAACAAACCGCAAGAAUGUGUUUCCAUGCACGUCGUCGAGUGUCCGUGUCUGUUGGCCACACGGUUCCGCAAGCAGCGCCAACGGUACGUGAAGCUGAUCGAGGACUGGAACAUGCUGCAGAUGGAAAUUGUCGCGCGGGAAGAGUUCCGCACCCGGCCCGAUUUUGCCGUCGUUUAUCAACCGUUCACCAUGAACCUUACCUUCCCGGCGACACCGAACGGUGAUACGGACUUCACGUACAUGUCGCUGGACUGCUUUCAUCUCAGCCAGAAAGGGUACGCCUUGGCCUCGAACGCACUGUGGAAUAAUAUGCUUGAACCGGUUGGGGGUAAAUCCAUGAACUGGGAGAGAGAAUUCACGCUGUUCAAGUGUCCUAGCGCGGACGUACCAUUUCUGCGUACACCCGGCAAUAGCUAAGGACAUCGGGUACUGCACCGCACCUGUAGGAAAGCGCACUUUAUCUAAAUGUGAUAUUAAAUCUAUAAACACACGCACACAUGGUCGGAACGGGUGGAUUAGACAGGAGCGUAAGGCUAUCCAUACAUCAAUCGUUUUAAGGUUCAUCUCACUACUCGCUGUAGGGUCAUACGAUAUGCGUAACGGAGACUGGACACUGCCACCAUUAACCCCGUACACGCAUUUGCUAUAAUUCAUGCGGUAUCCUUCAUCAUACGUAUUCAUUGUAUUACCACCCGCAGGAACUUCUCAUUUAACAAUAAGAUUUUUACACUUAAUUCAACAAUGGUGGGGUGUUAUCCCAAGUAUUUCUAAGCUGCUAAACAUCCGAAAAUGCUAUCCACUAAUGU